AUGGCUACAUCAAUAUCGCCCGCGAGAGGUGCCGUGUCACCAGCAAGCUCACCACGUCUUCCCUCCCCUCCACCUAUGCCCGAAUUGCAGUUUGGACCGCAAAGUCCACUCGCUGCACCAGGCGAAGUUGAAGCAGAUCUUGGGCAGAAGGCAGACGAGUCUGCUCGUCGACGAAUACGGCCCGGCACCAAAGCUGCAGACAUGGUUCGCGGACCUCCUCUUGUUCCUCUCGUUCAGGUCGAUUCUGCCUUCGUUCUCCAAGAGCACCUCAAAGCACUCUAUGCUUACCUCAUAUAUGCACAAGAUCCUGAUCACGUCACAUCCAUGACCAGAGAAAUAGCACUGCAAAUCGUUCGGCCACCACAACUGGAAGACGGCGAGGCAGCCGACCGCGAUCUGUGGCUCUGGCCUGGUAUCAUGCGCCUCAUGGACGACAAGCCAGCUUGUUCGAGCCAAACCUGUCCCGAAAUGCGCGCCUCGGAAUGGCAAUAUCUUUGCGCUGUGCACGAACCGCCGAAGAGUUGCUGUGCGAUCGACUACGUCAACCAUACGCUGGAUUGGGCUGCGAAUGUUCUCACCAGCACGAAGAUCUUUCCUUCAAGACUUCAACUGGGAGGCGACGGCGGAAACAUCUUACAUUGUAUGCGGCAACUCACAAAUAUCAUCAGACGCGUCUACCGGAUAUUCGCUCAUGCCUGGUUCCAGCACCGGGAGGUCUUCUGGCAGAUCGAGGCGAAUCACGGCAUCUAUAUGCUGUUCAAGACCGUCUGUGACGAGUAUGGGCUGAUUCCACCAGACAACUACACAAUACCUCCGGAGGCGGAGGGCCCGAGAGACGAGCCUGACGCCGCCGUACAGAACACACCCACUGACCGCACAGCCAUGACCAUGCAGAUCCUCCGCAAAGACGCAGCGGAUGCGCUCAGUCAAAAUGGAACCACAGAGUCGUCGUCACCACCACGAGACCCGCCCGCAGCGACAGCGAGAAGACACAGACAUACGCCGAGCACUGGUAGCCACGUCACGACGAUCACAGAAGAUGAGGAAGACAUCCCACCCGUACCACCGAUACCUCAGAGCACGUCGAACAAAACAUCAUCUUCACCAUCACCCUCACCAGAACGCAAGGCCCGGGAAGCACUAGGCAAGCUCAACAUCUCCGAACCUACCUCAACCACCAACGCAGAAGGAGAAGAUCCCUUCACUGACCAGCCAGAAGCACCCACACCCACCGCCGCGCCAGUCUCCGACCCUCUGGCAGCCGCCGGCGCCGUCACAAUAUCGGCCAACAAGCCCUCAUCACCCGACACAGACUUCACACCAACAGCAACAUCGCGUCCUCAGACCUCGAAACCAGCCCAACCCCAAGUCAGCACCACUGCGACCACUUCACAACAACCCUCCGCUCGACGGCCAAGCGAUUUCGAAUCAGAAGUCCACAGUCCCGGCGGCGGGUCCAUCCGAACCGCGGGCCCAGACCUCCUGGGCGCGAUAUUGGGUCAUAUGGACGACAAGGAGCGGCAGCAGGCUGAGGCGAGCGGGAGUGAGAGCGAAGAGACGAUAUUGUUCGUUGGUGAGGAGGAGGAGGGGACGCGGCAUGAUGGUGAGGGGUCAGCUGCGCAAGAAGCUGAUGGAGGUAGGAAGAAGGAAGAGAGAAAGAUCGUCCCAACGUCAGCAGUACACACAGAGAAAGGGGUUGGCACUGGCGGUGGGAAGAGCCCGAAGAAAGCCACGCACAGCGGUGCAAACGGAAAUGAUGAAGACGAGGAUGGAAGCGACAAUGAAACAAUGGAGGAGAUCAUGCUGCCGCAUCGCAGAGACUAG